CGUCUCGAACGUUGACUGAUAGUCAUUAGGGUCGGCCACCACGUGGUCGCGGGGAGUUUUCUCGGCCUACAUUGUCUGGGACUAACAGUCUUCCCCUUGGAAGUAGGAAGAGUCUUGGUGGGCCCCCGCCAUCGUCUUCUGGAGGUGAUACACCUAUGUCAUCUGGGAAGUUUUCAGACUCUCGUCCCCCGGAUGCCAAUAGUGGAGGCCCUCCGACGAGGAAACCAAGGAAUUCACUUGGCCCGCCUGAUUCUCGGAUGCACAUGGAGAUUGACAUUAACCCUCGACACAGAGUGUCGGACAAUGGUUAUCCGCAUAGAAUGAGAAAAGAAGAGCCUCGCACUUCACCUCAAGAGCCUCCUCCCAACUUCCAACGAUACGCUCCAGAACCCCUUCCGCCGUCUUCUGAACGACGAAGCGGAGAUAGGAAUAGGGAUGAGCCUCCUUCUCGCCAGUACUCCCGUAGAGAAAGUUUUAGUACCAGUCCGGCCGAUGAACACCGACCAGCGACUCCACCUCCUCUGUCGAGAGAGCCAUCACAAUCUCACUCAUGGGAAGGUUCUAGGCCAGUACGAUAUGAUAAGGAACGAGAGAGUGGCCGAAGAGAACGAUUCAGAGACAGAGAGGAUCGGGCACCCCCGCCUUCUGUACCGCCUCUUGAAGAGCCUGCACGGAAUGGCAUUGAGAGGGAGAGGGAAAGACCUGUCAGCCCUAGUACCUCCCGCCUACCUCCUGGACACGGCCUUCCUAACAAGCCGGAGGGACUACCGCCUCGACCGAGACGCGAUGAUAUGGACGUUGACGACGGUCGGUAUCGGAGGGAUGGGUUUGAGGAGCGACCGCCACUGAGACGAGGUGGUACGUUACUGUCUCGUCUUGGUGGUGGUGGUGCCAUCGAGGCUGGCAUGAAAAGAGAUAGAGAUGAGCUUGGGGACCCUGUUGACGAUGAUUCGAAGAAGAGACGGAGAGGCCACAAGUCGAGAAGAGGCGGCAACGGUGGUGGUAAGAUGAGGGUCUAAGUUUUAAGUUUAUAAUUGUUCUUGGUCAGGAUGUUCUGUGCGCAGUGCACAUACAAAAUACUAUUGGUACAUAUGAGAGUAGUUUUUUACUUAUAUUAUAGCAUAUGUUCUUUUGUUGUCAGCAUUGCUGAAGGUUCGGUUUAGAUCACCAGCUAUGAGCUAGUUCUAAGCUAG